CCAGGGAGAAAGACCAGCCAUGGGAAGGGUAUGGAGAUUUUUCUCCCCCACAAGGGUGCCCGAUGCAUAUCAGAACGGCAGUGAGACCGGAGGUCGGCAUGGACGAUUCGAGCACAACCGCGUCGUCGGAAAAGAAGAAUGACAGCUAUGCACCUGCAAGGUACGUUUGGGCCUCUGCAUGGCCCAUCGAGGCUUCGGAUAUUGUGGACACAACCGGCGCUGGGGACUGCUUCAUCGCUGGCUUCAUUUACGGCAUGACCCACCGGUUAGGGAUUGCCCGGACUUUGGCCGUCGCGAGCUAUGUAGCCGCGAAAAAGCUGUCUCUGCCAGGAGCACGGCAGGGAGUUCCAACUUUUUCUCAGCUUCAAGCGGAUUCGCCAGGACUACUUUCUCCUGACUGGAAAUCUUGAGCGCAUCUGCCUCGAUUUGGAGUGACAAAGAGUACACGCAUGCAUGUAUGUCUACAAUUCGUGUGGAUUUGGUUUGGUUUUUUCUUCUGAAUUUGUUGUGGCGUACACGGAAUUAUCUCUCACAAAAUGGGCUGUAAGCGCGGAUUGCAUGGUUGUAUGGUUCAAGGACCAAUUGUUUCAUGGAUGGUGCUUUGUGCAGUUGAAUUAUGUGUCUUCUUG